AUGACUCAAUUCACCCCAGAACAGCUUGCUUCUGUGUUAGCUGCACUUGGCAUUAUGCCACCCGAAGCUACACCAACUACCCACAACCCUGAUUCUCCCGUCAAUGACAAAAAAGCUGCCAGCAUGGUAGAAGUUCCCCUGCACUCGUUCUAUUGCUUUAACUGUGCCUUUCCAAACGUAGUCCCCAUCAAUGCCAUUCCCGUUGCCACCACCAUCAUCCAACCAGCUUGUCAUGGUUCAGCACCAGUCCGCCGUGACUCACCCUUGACUGGGUUGCUGUCGACCUCUCUGGUAUCCGCACCCAUGGCCCAGGCUACUGUCGCUCCUGCACCUGCCUCCAGUCCCGCCACCGCCGCUGACCCCACCACCGUCACUCCCACCAUUCAGGGAUCCUCCAUUCCUGGCCCCUCUACGGUUAGAGCUUCUGAGGGCUCAUGGUACGCUGUUUCUAAAGGCCUCGCUAUAGGGGUGUUUCAGGGAUGGCAAAACGUUAGCCCUUUGGUUACAGGGGUUUGUAGAGCCUGUUACUUCUGUCACAGCAGUCAGGCUGCCACCCAGGAGGCCUUCAAUCAGGCUGUCGUGACCGCCACUGUGGAAAUUCUCCAUUAA